CACAUUCUCUGCUGUGAAGUAGCGAAGAAAGAAAAUGCCUGAACCCGCCAAGUCCGCGCCCAAGAAGGGCUCCAAGAAAGCUGUGACUAAAACCGCCGGCAAGGGCGGCAAGAAGAAGAGAAAGACCAGGAAGGAGAGCUACGCCAUCUACGUGUACAAGGUGCUGAAGCAGGUGCACCCCGACACCGGCAUCUCCUCCAAGGCCAUGAGCAUCAUGAACUCGUUCGUCAACGACAUCUUCGAGCGCAUCGCCGCUGAGGCCUCCCGCCUGGCUCACUACAACAAGCGCUCCACCAUCACCUCCAGGGAGAUCCAGACCGCCGUGCGUCUCCUGCUGCCCGGUGAGCUGGCCAAGCACGCCGUAUCCGAGGGCACCAAGGCUGUGACCAAGUACACCAGCUCCAAGUAAACUGCAGCUCUACUGCACUCACCCAACGGCUCUUUUCAGAGCCACCCGCCUCUUCUGAAGCGCACAUCCUGAUGUUUUCCACUGCUGUUGUAUUGAAUAAUAAUGAGAAACCCUACACACGGUUAUUCUUUUUAAUUAUUAAAUGGUACACUGACACAGUCUUAAAUCUGCUAAUGACAUCAAAGAAGUGUAUUCUGCAGGGAUUGGUGAUGCGUAGCUCCCAAGAGCAGUCAGCACUGUUUUUCUUUAGACUGUUCCUAAAGACUGUAUAUUGGAGUGAACGUUAAAAUUCACACUGGCUGCUUUCAUUUACAUGUUUUCAUAUGACGCUGUUGUAUAGUACUAUAUUCCAUCUGGAAUUUUCAGAACAUGCUCCAUAAUUCUAAGACAAAGCCAUCAUAAUAAAAAACCUUUUGCUAUGACA